AUGUGUACUUCUUCAUCUGUUCGUCGUCGUCCACAUUACAUUCAUCAGGUUUCCGAUACAGUUGUUGAGCCGUAUAAUGCCACAUUGUCGAUUCAUCAACUUAUCGAAAAUACCGAUGAAACGUUCUGCAUUGAUAACGAGGCUUUGUAUGACAUCUGUUUCCGUACGCUGAAACUGGCAUCGCCCACCUAUGGAGAUCUCAAUCAUUUGGUGUCUCUAACAAUGUCUGGUGUUACUACCUGCCUCCGUUUCCCCGGUCAAUUAAAUGCUGAUCUGCGUAAACUGGCCGUGAACAUGGUACCAUUCCCACGUUUGCACUUCUUUAUGCCUGGCUUUGCUCCCCUUACGGCCAAGGGCUGCCAACAGUAUCGUGCUCUGACUGUAAGCGAACUUACCGCCCAAAUGUUCGAUGCCAAGAAUAUGAUGACCGCUUGUGAUCCCAGACAUGGACGUUAUUUGACUGUGGCUUGCAUCUUCCGUGGUCCCAUGUCGAUGAAGGAAGUCGAUAGCCAAAUGUUAAAUGUACAAAGCAAGAAUAGCAGCUAUUUCGUCGAAUGGAUCCCCAACAAUGUUAAGGUUGCCGUAUGCGAUAUACCACCACGUGGAUUAAAAAUGUCGGGUACAUUUAUUGGCAACACCACUGCCAUUCAAGAGAUCUUCAAGAGGAUAUCGGAGCAAUUUACAGCGAUGUUCCGUCGUAAGGCUUUCUUGCAUUGGUUCACCGGUGAGGGUAUGGAUGAAAUGGAAUUCACCGAAGCCGAAUCUAAUAUGAAUGAUUUGAUUUCGGAGUAUCAACAAUACCAGGAGGCUACCGCUGAAGAGGAUGUUGAAUUCGAUGAAGAGCAAGAAGAAAAUGAGGCAUAUGAAGCUGAUAUUCAAAAUGGUGGCAUGUAAAUACAUCCCGCACCAAACACACCAAAGUAUGCAAACACACACACAUACUUACACAAAGAUAAAUGAAUGGAUGGU